AUGGCUGGUGGAAGCUCAGGCAGGGUGCCCACUGGAUUCGCGGCAGAAACAUAUAUUAGCGACCACACAUUCCGAGAAGGCCAUCGAGCGAUCGAAAGCGGCUCGAACUCGAAAAAGCGAAAGCGCGAAGCAAAAGGAGACUCGGGCGUUGUUUCUGGAGCUGGCGCCUACAAAGGUCCCUGGGCGAAAUUCGAAGAGGAACGACCAGAUGCAGGCUCGGAUGACGAGUUUGGCAGUGAUGAGGAGGUCGAGGUAAUAUAUGAGGAGGAUGAACUUGAGGAGCAACCUGAGGCUGCACCGAAGAAACUGGCAGGGACGGAUUAUCACGACACAGAAGCGGAGGCAGAGACGAGCGCGUUCAUGGGCAGCCAGCAGUACGAUUAUCAGGGUCGCACAUACAUGCAUGUGCCUACCGACCUAGACAUCAGACUCACUGGCGAUUACGAACCCAAGAACUUCAUCCCUAAGAAGCUUCUGCACACCUACAAGUACCACACAAAGUCGAUUACACAAGUACGAUUCAUACCCGACAGCGGUCAUCUACUUCUUUCAGCAUCUGCCGACUCCAAAAUUGCAUUAUGGGAUGUGUACCAUCAGCGCGAACUACUGCGGACCUACUCUGGACACACCAAGUCGGUCAAUGACAUUGACUUCAAUCCAAGCGGGACACAAUUCUUAUCCGCCAGUUAUGAUCGCUUCAUGAAGCUAUGGGAUACCGAGACGGGCAAGUGCUUGAACAAGUUCACGAGUGGAAAGACGCCCCACGUUGUGCGCAUCAAUCCAAGCAAACCGCACGAGUUCCUGGCCGGUAUGAGCGACAAGAAGAUCUUACAGUACGAUACGCGAAGCGGGGAGAUGGUGCAGGAAUACGAUCAUCACCUGGGUCCAGUCAAUACCAUCACUUUCUGCGACGAAGAUCGCCGCUUCAUCACAACAUCCGACGACAAGUCCCUGCGCGCAUGGGAAUACGGCAUUCCAGUGCCCAUCAAGUUCAUCGCAGAGCCCUACAUGUUUUCCAUGGUGCGCUCCUCGCCGCAUCCGUCGGGCAAAUACGUUGCCUUCCAAUCGUCCGACAACCAAAUCACGGUAUAUUCCUCCACCGAUCGAUUCAGGCAGAACCGCAAGAAGAGUUAUCGGGGUCAUAACGUGGCUGGAUACGCACCAGAUGUGGCCAUUAGCCCUGAUGGGCAGUUUAUCAGCUCUGGUGACAGUGGUGGUUAUGUCUGCUUCUGGGACUGGAAGACUUGCAAAAUGUGGCAUAAGAUUCAAGCAAGUGAUGCUCCUGUUCUGGCGGUGCAAUGGCAUCCAAGAGAGUCGUCCAAGGUGGUGACGGGUGACCUCAAUGGCGUAUUGAAGUAUUGGGAUUAG